AUGUUGGAGCUGUUCGAAAUAGCCAAGAAAUCAGCGGAUGUGGCCAACGCGAAGGGACUUCUAGCUGCUAAAGCAGAGACGUCAAUCUGUGUGGAUACUCUCACUUUACUCAUCCGUUUUUCCAUAAGCGCAACAGCUCCUGAAACGAGGAGAAUCAUGGAGAGGCUUGGUCAUCUCACACGGCACAAGGACAGGAAAAUCUGCACUUCCGCAUCAGUUCUUCUUCAACACUGGAGUCAGAGUAUAAGAGAUCAACAAUAA